GACGGGAUUUACCCGCGAGUCGCUACCCGUAUUUUCAGCAAAGGUUUCAUGUUGUUUGGGUGAUAAUAUUAAAACUGUUGCUGGAAAUACGGGGACGCUACUCUGGGUUGAAAAAGAAAGUGGAAACGUCGGUUCAACCAAUCAGAGCGAAGGAAUUGUUAAAGUUGAUGACGAGACAAUGGCGUUUGUUCCAACACACGAGUGGCAGGAAGUCAAAGAAGGGCAAGCGAUCCCACCUGGCCUCCAUGUUAAGAUGGACAUGAGUGGUGGGGGAAGAUGGGCCAAGUUAAUGGACGAGGGUGGGGGUGGGAAGAACAUGCAGGUCAUGACGGUUGAACAGGAGGAUGGGAAGAAGGAGGGAAGUCCACAGAUGGACGGCCACUCGGUGGCAGAGUUGAAACAAGCGUUGAAGAAAAUAAAAGCGGAAUCGACCUUGGAUAGUAAAGUGGAAGAUGUGAAGAAGAAGUUCAAAUCCAUGGAUGAAAUCAAGGAGGUUCUUGGUCAAUAUGAGAUGAAACAAGAGAGUGAUGUUGAUGUAAUGAAGAGGUUGCUAGGAGUCCUCCGGACUUCUGGGGAGGAGUCCGCGAUCAUCUUGGCUCUUCAGGAUCUCGAGUAUUAUGUGCAUCAGAUCGACAAUGCUAACGACUUAGUGAAGAUCGGGGGUUUCCCUGAUGUGAUAUCGUUGUUCAACCACACGAGGGCAGAAGUGAGGGAGGAAGCGAUCCACUUGGUGGGGAGUGCGGCACAGAGCAACCCACCCGUGCAAAUUAAGAUUAUCGAGUUAGGGGUUUUACCCAAGUUGCUAAAAAUCCUCGCUGAUGAGGGGGAAUCCCCAGCUGUAAGAAAGAAAAGUUUGUUUGCGAUUUCUUCGAUCGUUCGACAUUUUCCACUCGCGCAACAAAAGUUGGGGGAGUUCGGGGGAAUACAAGUUCUUAUGCAGUUGUUUCAACAGGAUAAAACGUCAAGUUUCCGAAUGAAAGCGAUUCGAUUGGUCGAUGAUUUAAUUAUGGAACGACUUACAACCAAUCAGGGAACGGAUAAAAUGAAGCAAUACGAUAAACUUCCGUUAUUCACAAAACUACAAGAGUUAGACUGGUGCCACCUAGUGGUUGAAUCAUUAAACUCGGAUUCGCACGAACAUCGUGAGAUUUCUAUGAAUGCGAUGAAUAAUCUCCGACCAGCGUGUCCGAGAGGGUUUGAUUCGAAACCAGCGAUGAAAAAGUUGAAACAAUUAAAGGAAGAAUACAAAUCAUUAUGGAAUGCCGAGGUUGCCGAUGGCGAUGAUGAUGGUUAUUUCAAGCUGUUGUAUAAUCUUGUUGGGGAAGUGACGGAUAAUUGGUCGAACUGGCAACAAAAAGAUGAGUUAUGAUAUCAUAAGGAUCUAAUAUGAUGUCAUGAUGAUGGAGGAUAGCAAUGACCCUACACAAAGUUACACCAGAGGGAUUGAGGGCGAGAAAAACACUGUUUUAAUAAAAUAUGUUUUUGUAAAAA